UAAAAACUGUAAUUCUUUUUGCCUUUCCUCUCGAGCAAAAAGAGAAGAAAAACUGUAUCUCUUUCUCUCCCGAAAUGGCGACUGCAUUCAGGAAGGGUCUUAGAUCUCUUGGAUCUCGUAUACUAAUCAACAAAACAAUCACUACUAGGCAAUUUUCAAACAGGCCACUAGCAUCUAUCAUCCAUAAUCAAUCCACAUCCCUAUUUUAUAAUCUCUAUAAGAAUCCAUCAACAGAAUCUCAAUUCUUCCGUCAAUUUUCAUCCCAAAGAGUACCAAAAAGACCUAAUAAGAUUGAUAUAGGUGCUAGAGCUCGUAAACUUCAGCAGCAGAGACUAUGGACUUACGCUUUAGCAUUCGGUGGAGUUGCUGGUUUUGUAUAUCUUGUUUUAGUUAAUUUUGAAGAUCAAUUGGUUUUUUAUGUAACACCAACUGAAGCUUUUGAGAAAUACAAAGCAAAUCCAAGUAAAAAUAGGUUUAGACUUGGUGGAUUAGUUCUUGAAGGAAGUGUUACGACUCCUUCUUCAUCUGCUACAAUGGAAUUUGUUGUUACUGAUUUGAUUACUGAUAUUCUAGUUAGGUAUGAAGGUUCUCUUCCUGAUUUAUUUCGUGAAGGUCAUUCUGCUAUUGUUGAAGGGGCUAUUUUUCCAUUAACCGAUGAAAUUCGUAAAGAAUUGGCUUCAAAUGGGAAAUCUAUUUCUGAAAAAGCUACAACGAUGGAUUAUUAUUUUAAUGGAAGUGAAGUUCUUGCCAAACAUGAUGACAAAUAUAUGCCACAAGAGGUUGCAGCAGCUUUAGAGAGGAAUAAAGAGAAGCUCAAGGAAGAAGCUGAGGCGCAAGCAGAAGAAGAAGCGGCUAAAGUAGAAGAGGCAGUGAAAUCAGAGGAGGCUACUAAAACUGACAAGGAAGUUCAGAGAGAGAGUUGAUUUUUGAUGCAUAUACGGCUUUGUGUAGGUGUAGUCUGACCAGUACAAAGAAACAGGAAGAGGCUGUGCAAGCCUUCUUUAUAGACGCAGAAAUAAAAGGUCCAUUUGUUGUUCAAGCCUUCUUUAUUAUGGUGCUGGCGAAACUUGUCUAUCGUGAAAGAUGCAGCUUUAUGAACGCAGGCAGAGGCUGCGAAAGCCUUCUUUAUAGACGCAGAAAUAAAAAGUCCAUUUGUUGUGCAAGCCUUCUUUAUUGUGUGUUUGUGUUGUCUAUUUAUAUUUGUAGGGUGUUAAUCACCAUGUCACUGGAUAUCCCAGAGUUCCAAUGUCAAAACUUAGAAGGGUCUAGAGAUUCAUCUGUAAAGUAUUUUUACAAUUGCAUGCUGCAUGGAAAUCUGAGAUGUGCUUCGCUGCAUAACAAAAUAACAAACCAUUGCUGCACU